GUGGCGAUGAGGGUUUUGCUUUAAUUCCCGAAGUAUAUUAAAAAUGUCCACUUUUAUGUGGUCGUGUCCGUGUUGCUUACGCUUCAAAUUCAGCCCCGAAGAGCUGGAGCAGCGCUACAAAAGUCACGAAAUUGACAAAAUGAUUGAAAAGGACAGACAAGCGAUGAAAAGGCAGGUCAAACUCCUCUUGUUAGGCGCUGGGGAGAGUGGGAAAUCAACAUUUCUUAAGCAAAUGCGAAUAAUCCAUGGAAUCAAAUUCGAAAACCAUCUUGUAAAAGAAUAUCAACAAGUGAUUUACCAAAACUUAGUGAAGGGGAUGAGGGUACUAGCGGACGCACGGGAUAAGUUAGGAAUUCCGUGGGGUGACAAUAAUAAUAGUGAGUACGGUAAAAAGUUGCUCGAGUUUGAUAGUAAAACGGUGCUGGAUUCUAAAAACUUUAAUCAAUUUAGUCCUCUUUUAUCCAAACUGUGGAAAGACAAUGGAAUAAAAAGGGCUUACGAGCGGCGGAGAGAGUUUCAGUUGAGCGAUUCCGUAGAAUAUUUCCUGAAUAACCUUGAACGGAUAUCCCGACCGGACUACAUUCCCACCAACCGAGACAUCCUCCACUGCCGGAAAGCCACCAAAGGUAUCACGGAGUGCGUCGUCCCAAUUAACGGCAUCCCCUUUUUGUUCGUCGAUGUAGGCGGACAACGGUCACAGCGGCAGAAAUGGUUCCAGUGUUUUGAUUCUGUUACCUCCAUUCUCUUUCUUGUCUCGUCUUCCGAAUUCGAUCAAGUCUUGUUGGAAGAUAGGAAGACCAAUCGGUUAGAAGAAGCUAGAGACAUAUUCGAUGCGAUUGUCAAUAACGUUAUUUUUAUCGGCGUGGCUAUUAUGUUGUUUUUGAAUAAAUACGAUUUAUUGGAGAAGAAGGUAGCCAAUCCAGAAACAGACAUUCGCUGGUAUUUUCCCCAGUUUAAGGGAAACUCACAUUCAAUGCAGGACGUUCAGGAUUUCAUCCUUACCAUGUUCACCGGCAUCAAAAAGGACCCGAAGAAACUCCUCUAUCACCACUUUACUACCGCAGUGGACACAGAGAACAUCAAAGUUGUCUUUAAUUCAGUCAAAGACGCUAUCUUACAUAGGAAUUUAGAGAUUUUGAUGCUGCAGUGAGAUUUAGAUAAACGAGAAACGUAUUUAUGUUCACCAGGCUGUGUUUAACACAACAUAAAGUUGAUUAAGACUGACUCGAUUUUAUGAAAGGGGGUCUGUUGUAUCUAUAUCAAAAGACUUGUAUAUUAUUAUCAUACAAUUGUCUUAACUUUACAAUAAUUUAAUAUAAUAUCAUACAGAUUAUGUCAUCUCCGAUAUUGGAGAAACUAAUACAUUAAUCCGCUGAAAGAAAAUUUGUUAGGCAGCAACACACAACACCGAUUCUGUUAGUUUUGCAAUCUACAGGCUCAGCUUUUUUAAGGCAUAUAGUUCUUUUUAUGCACAUUAAAUUUAUCU